AUGGCACAGUCGAAGAUGACGUUGUACGUCGACAUUGUGUCGCCGUUUGCGUACAUUGCUUUUUCUGUCUUGGAGAACUCGCCGGUGUUCAAGCAGUGCGAUAUCAAAUACGUGCCUAUACUCUUGGGCGGCUUGAUGAAGCGCUGCGGCAACACGCCUCCGUUGGCGAUCAAAAACAAAGACAAGUGGAUAGAAACGGAGCGCACACGCUGGGCCAGCUACUUCAGCAUCCCCAUCUCGCGCGCGCCACCCCCAGGGUUCCCCAUCAGCACGCUGCCCGUGCAACGCGCGCUCGUCUCGCUCUCGCUCUCGCACCCGCAGUCGGUCGCGAGCGCCGUCGCGCUGUUCUACGAGAACACGUGGGUGCAGUGGGGCGAGCCCACCAAGCCGGAGAACCUGCUUGCGAUCCUGCGCACGCUUGUCGGGAGCGAUGAGGAGGCGAGGAGAGUGCUGGAGCGGGCUCAGACGGACGAGGUGAAGCAGGCGCUUACGCGGAACACGGAGCAGGCGUUUGGGCAUGGGGCGUUUGGGCUGCCGUACUUUGUUGCUACGAAUGCGAAAGGCGAGACGGAGGGGUUUUGGGGCGUUGACCAUAUGGGACAACUUACGGAUCAUCUGGGGCUCGAGAGGCCGAGUGGGAGGGGCUGGAAGGCGCUGUUGUAG